UGAGGAAAGGUCGUGUGAAGAAUGAUGGUGAAUUACUACAAGGUGCUAGGGGUGCCUCAAAAUGCUUCCUUUUCCGAAAUCAAGAAAGCUUAUCACCUAUUGGCUCUACAAGUACACCCAGACAAGAACCCAGAGAACAAACAGGCAGCAGAGGAGAAAUUCAAACAAGUAGUAGAAGCCUAUCAGGUCUUGUCAGAUGCCAGCAGACGGGAGGACUAUGACAGGUCCCGAGAGAGCUACUACACCAGGAGGGAAAGCAGAGGUGGUGGCAGAGGCAAAAGCCACUGGGAGGAGGAAGUGUGCUUUGAGCAUCCACACAGGUUCUACCGGUAUGACUUGGAAGAUGAAGACCUCUUCACAAGAGACUGCUUUCCCACUGGCCACAUGAGUUGGCCCAGGACAUUCCACUCCCCCUUCUUUGAUGUGAUCUCCAUAUUAGAUACAGGGUUUUCCACCUUUGUAUCCUCAAGUUCCAGAGCAAGUCCCCUUACCACGGAGACAUGUGUGCCAUUUGUAAGCAGAGGAAUGAGAAACUUUCCACAGACUACCACUUGUUGCCAGCUAGUAAAUGGCAAAAGAGUUGUUACAAAGCAAGUUCUAGAAAAUGUGAGAGGAAAAGCUACAGUGGGAAAAGACAGAAUAUUUCGUCAUAUUCCUCCAUCAUGGUGGUAA